UCAAUCCAGCGCGUCAUGGGUCUCAUUCACAGGUGAUAUCUAUUAGCUUACCUCAUAUGCUGUCAGGUGUCGCGUCGUCCAUCAAAUCGUUUCCUUCCUGUGUGAGAUCUUUUUUUUGUGUGGCGGUUUUGGCAAGCUGCAGUCCGCUUUGCAGAUGCCAUGUUUGAGCAGUGAGCAUGGCGGAAAAUCAUCUGGAGUACGGCUACCUGGAGGGCGAAUCCAUCGGGCAGCAUUACGCCGAGGACCCGGAGCUGGCGGCCAUCAAGGCCAGAGUUCAGGAGCUGGAGAUGGAAGAAGAGACGGAGAGAAUGAGGGAAGAGGAGAGGUUUGAUGCAGUAGACAUGCAACUACUGACCAGCAGCCCUCGGCUUGGUGAGACUGCACGCCCUUUCUACAAUAUGACUCCUGAAGAGAGGAUGGAUGCAGACAACAGAUCCGUCUAUGUGGGAAAUGUAGACUAUGGAGCUACUGCGGAUGAGCUGGAGAUCCAUUUCAACGGCUGUGGUCCUGUCAACAGAGUUACCAUCCUGUGUGACAGGUUCUCCGGCCAUCCCAAGGGCUUUGCUUACAUUGAGUUCUCCGAUCAAGACUCUGUGCAGAGUGCUAUUGGUCUGCACGAGACCUUGUUCAGAGGAAGAGUCCUUAAGGUAAUGCCCAAAAGGACCAACAUGCCAGGUAUCAGCACCACAGACAGGGGAGGACACAGAGGCGGCCACACCAGAGGCAGAGGCCGUGGUUACCGUCCACCUCGAUACCAGAACAGCUCUCGAGGUAGGUUCCGGUACCAGACGAUCAGGCCACAACACCAAACGCCCCACCCUUACUACGGAGGCCCCUCAGUGGGGAAGAGACAGUGGGGACACAUGGACUACCAGGAACAGAUGCCUAAACGUUACCCGUGUCUUCUUCUCAUCACCCCACCGUCGGAGGAGGCGGGGGCGAGUGGACAGCACUACCCUCAUCAGCGCUAGCACUACCCACAGCAUACAUGCUAAUGUGGGCGAAUGGAACUGAUUAUUUUAAAGAAGUUUUCAGGCAUUAUACUGAGUUGAGCAGAAUGGACAGAAGAGAUGACUUUCUAAGUUGCUUCAAGAGGAUGAAGACUAAGGCCAGAGGCCUUGCAUUAUAAGCUUAUGUUGCUGUGAAUGCAUGGGACAAUCCUCAAAUUGUUAUGCAGUUGCAUCUCUUACUGUU